GCAUGUAUGGGUGUUUGUCAAUUGGACUGUUUCGAAUUUUCUUUCAUCCUUCAAAAAGUCGUGUUGUACCUCCACUAGCCACGAUGGCGGCCAAUCUAGGAAGAAUCUUUGGCUCCAAAUUAUUAGGAACUUCGACUGGAGUUAAUCUCCAACAGGCCAAACAGCUGUCUACCACUAAAGCCUGGACAAAUGGACAAAAGAAGCUCAUAGCGGCGGUUGGUGCCGUCACCGGGGGCUUGGGAGCUCUGCUUUUUGCUCUGGAGAACUCGGUUGAAGCUUCUGGUACAGAAGUCCAUCCACCAGCUAUGCCAUGGAGUCAUAAGGGCAUCAUUUCCUCACUGGAUCAUCAAGGUAUCCGCCGUGGCUACGAAGUGUACAAGCAAGUUUGCUCCGCUUGUCACUCUAUGCAUUAUAUUGCCUACCGUAAUUUGGUUGGGGUUUCCCACACCGAAGCCGAAGCUAAGGCAGAAGCAGAACAAAUAACGGUAAGAGAUGGUCCUGACGAUACCGGAAACUACUUCGACCGUCCGGGCAAACUCUCGGACUAUUUCCCUUCGCCAUAUCCGAACGAAGAGGCUGCUCGCGCUGCAAACAACGGUGCUUACCCACCAGAUUUAAGUUACAUUGUAUCAGCACGUAAAGGAGGUGAAGAUUACGUAUUUUCGCUGCUUACCGGCUACUGCGAUGCUCCAGCUGGUGUGGUGUUGCGCGAAGGGCAGUACUUUAACCCGUACUUCCCAGGCGGUGCUAUUUCCAUGGCUCAAGUGCUAUACAAUGAGGUAAUUGAAUACUCUGAUGGUACACCACCAACAACGAGUCAAUUGGCCAAGGAUGUAGCUACGUUCCUUAAAUGGACAUCUGAGCCAGAACAUGAUGACCGCAAGCAACUUACAAUUAAGGCAUUUGGUAUCCUUGCCUUCUUGGCUAUAAUUACAUACUAUAUUAAGAGACACAAGUGGUCGACUUUGAAAUCUAGGAAGAUUGUUUUUACGCCAAAGGAUAAAUAAGUAUGCUGAAAAGGGCUUGCUAUGAAAACAAAUUGAAGCAUUAAAACAUCAAGAAAAUUUAUGUAAACGAAUUAUGCAUACCGACUAAAGCACCGCCAUCAGCCGAAGAAAGCGCAAAACUUCACUGCGGGGAGGGUAUUAUUGGCAGAACUCCCAAAACAACUUAGAAAAUUGUUACAAUUUAAACUAAAGAUUACAUUUAACGUAAUGAUUAAAAGAAACAAAUAGACCUACAAAUAAAAUGCUAAAGAUACUAAAGAA